GCGGGGGGAGGGGAAGCGCUGAGCUAGCGAGCGAGCGAGCGGCGGCUCCUCGGCGGGGGAGGGGCGGGCGCUGCACACACCGGCCUCCGGCGCUCGGAGCUCCUCGGCUGCCGCUAGAAGCGCCUGCGGGGCCCGCGCGGGGAGCCUGCGCGGCGGGCGCCUGUGUCUGCGCUCGGCAGGGGCCGGCGGCUAUGUCGACCGGCGAGGUGGAGCGGCUGGCGGCGGACCUGAGCGGGACCGGCGGGGAUGAGGAGGAGGAGUGGCUCUAUGGCGAUGAAAAUGAACCAGAGAGACCAGAGGAACAAAAAGCUAGUGCUCCACCUCCUUCUGCAAAUGAAGAGGAAGCUGCUGAAAAUGGUGUAGUGAAAACGAAGGUGACAGAGGCUGAGGAUGACAGUGACAGUGACAGCGAUGAUGAUGAGGAUGAUGUUCAUGUCACCAUAGGAGAUAUUAAAACAGGAGCUCCACAGUAUGGCUAUGGAACAGCUCCUGUGAAUCUCAACAUCAAGACAGGAGGUCGAGUUUAUGGAUCUUCUGGUGCAAAAGUCAAAGGAGUUGAUCUUGAUGCACCAGGAAGUAUUAAUGGUGUUCCACUGCUGGAAGUAGAUUUAGAUUCUUUUGAGGAUAAACCUUGGCGAAAACCAGGUGCUGAUCUUUCAGAUUAUUUCAAUUAUGGGUUUAAUGAAGAUACCUGGAAAGCUUACUGUGAAAAACAAAAGAGGAUACGAAUGGGACUCGAAAUUUUACCAGUUACCUCAACUACAAAUAAAAUUAUGGCCGAAGACAAUUCUAUGGAAGUAACACCAGGUGCAGAGAUUCAAGAUGGCAGAUACAAUCUUUUUAAGGUACAGCAGGGCAGAACUGGAAAUAUGGAGAAGGAGGUGGCAGUGCAAUUGACCAAAGCUGAGUUUACAUCUCCUCCCCCACUGUUCAAAUCAGGAAUCCCAACAAACAGUUAUCAAAUGGUCCUGAAGAGCAAUUCUGCUGGCAACUCAAAAAACCUGAAGGCAUUUUAUCAUAGUAUCGUAGACGUUACAGAUGAUGGCAGUGGAAAUGUAUUGAGUCAUCCAGUCCCACUCUUCCCCAAUUCAAGAAACAGCACCUCUUCUCAGUCACAGACAAGCACUGCUUCCAGAAAAGCCAGUUCAGGCAUCGGGAAGUGGCAGGAGCGAUAUGGGAGGGCCGAAUCACCUGAACUAAGGAGAUUGUCUGGUACAAUAGAUGUGAUUGGACAGACCAUCACUAUCAGCAGAGUGGAAGGAAGGCGGCGAGCCAAUGAAAAUAGCAACAUACAGGUUCUUUCAGAAAGAUCCAGUGGUGAUGUAGACAGUUUUACCAAGCCACCUCCAUUUUUCCCUCCAGGAGCUCCACCUACCCACCUUCCACCCCCUCCUUUCCUCCCACCCCCUCCAACUGUCAGUACUGCUCCUCCUCUGAUUCCCCCACCAGGUAUACCAAUAACUGUGCCACCACCAGGUUUUCCUCCCCCACCUGGAGGUCCGCCACCUUCUCUUAUACCAACAAUAGAAAGUGGACAUUCCUCUGGCUAUGACAGCCGCUCUGCUCGUGCAUUUCCGUUCACCUUUCCGCACCUUGCAGGUUCUGCUCCUUCGUGGCCUAGUCUUGUGGACACCAGCAAACAGUGGGAUUAUUAUGCACGAAGAGAGAAAGAUAGGGAACGAGAGAGAGAGAGAGACCGAGAGAGGGAUCGGGAUCGUGAUCGUGAUAGGGAACGAGAACGUACCAGAGAGAGAGAGAGGGAACGUGAUCACAGCCCAACUCCAAGUGUUUUCAACAGUGAUGAAGAACGAUACAGGUACAGAGAAUAUGCCGAAAGAGGCUAUGAGCGUCACAGAACAAGCAGAGAGAAAGAGGAACGACACAGAGAAAGGAGACAUAGAGAAAAAGAAGAGACUCGACACAAAUCAUCUCGAAGUAACAGCAGGCGUCGUCAUGACAGUGAAGAAGGGGACAGCCACAGGAGGCACAAACACAAAAAAUCCAAAAGAAGCAAAGAAGGAAAAGAAGCUAGUGGUGAACCUGCCCCUGAACAGGAAACCACUGAAGCUGCUCCAGUGGAAUAGGCAUGUGUGAUAUUUGCCUACUUGCAUAUACUAGUGCCAGAAAUAGAUUACUAUAAAUCUUGUUAUUUUUCUGGGUAUUAAAGAAAUUUUGCUCUUAAUCUUGUUCUGUUAGUACAAAAUAUAAGGUUAAUUUGUUUUUUGAAAAUAAAAGAGUGAAUUUUUCAUGUUAAGUUAA